AUGCUGCUGAACGCCGACACUUAUUGCCGCACUGCCCUGAUGUGUGCUGCGGCAGAAGGCCAAACUACCGAAGUUGACAGUCUUAUUGACGAAGAAGGUGGCACGCGUGACGCAACUGGCAUGACUGCCCUGAUGCAUGCGGCCCGGAACAAUCAGCGCAUUCACCGUGCUCUGCUGCAGAAGGAAGCAGGGGUUUGCGAUAACAGUGGCUUCUCGGCGCUGAGGCACGCGCUCCUGGCUGGUAGUGAGCAAAGUGUCGCUGAUCUAUGUGAGCCAGAGUACCACACACUGAGCUGGACUCCUCUGAUGGAGUCCGUGGUAGCAAAUGAUGUCUCUAGUGUGAAAUUACACGCUAGAAACUACUCAAGACAUCAGGAUUCAUACGGUGUCACGGCACUCAUGUUAGCCGCCGGCCUUAACCACUACAGCCUUCUAGCCCUGCUUAUUGACACAGAAGCUGGCAUGAAGGAUCAGGAUGGGGUGACGGCUCUCAUGCGUGCAUCUUUGUUGGGUCACGUACGAGUAGUAGCCUUGUUAGCUCCGCACGAAUCAUCUAUCGUUGAUUCUCGAGGCUGGUCUGCUCUUGCUUAUGCGAUCUCCAAGGAGCACACUGACAUAGUCAAAAUCCUCAUCCCUUACGAGUACCGAUUGAUAAAUGCUCCAUCUCCUGAUCUGCGUCUCUAUGCCAGUAACUCCCAGAAUCAGCUGAUCAAGGAGCUAGUUUAUGGGCCCGGACUUCAGUUUCUUAUCAUAGACUCUCUUCCUCCAGAUGUCGUUUCAGGCGCCGAGCACUGCAGCAUAUGUCUCGAUGAAGUAGCCAUAAUCCGGGCUCUUCCUUGUACCCAUCGUCUGCUAUGCAUUUCCUGUGCCUCUUGCUUCCAGAAGACGAGUGACCAGUGCCCAAUUUGUCGCGCCAAGGUGGCUAGCUGGGAAAUAGACGCACCCUCAACCAGCCCGUAG